CCCACCUCCUCACCAUAUCUUUUCUUUACAUUUUCUACACACUUCACCAAUAUCACAAACAUAAAUAUCCUGCUCUGCUUUUUUUUUUUUUACUAAAUAAUAUUCUUCGAUUCUCUCCACCAUUUCCUCAGAUUUUGCCACUCUCCAAACACGAAUUCAAAAGAUUUCCAUUUAGCUCUUUUUCCACAGCCGCUCGCUCUCUCAAACAACAAUUCUUUCGGUUCCUUUCUCAGUAGAUAAAAGAUUUUCAGAUAGAUAGAUAGAUUGGUUGAUUCUGUUCCUGCAUGAAAUGGAGUUUUUUCUAACACACAAGAUAUUGGGUUUGAAUAGAGAUUCACAUUUCCUUCAAAUGGGUUCUUAAUUCUUUCUUGUUUUCUUUUUGUUUCCAUUUGGGUUUAUUCAUCACUACAGAACUGUGUAUCCCCUGUAUUAUUGUUUAGUUAUAAAAAAGAAAAGCAGGGGAAUAUACUGUAUAUCUCCAUAUCUAGAGAGCGAGCGGCUGGUUUUGUUUCAGGAUCUCUCUGUUGUUUUGUGGUGGUUUUUGCUAUUUAUAUGUGCUUAUUUUUUAUUUUUUUUUUGUCAAAUGGCAUCACCAAGAAACAGUGGGAAAUCAAAGAAAAUCACUCAGAACUCAGCUCAGAUGGAAUGGAGUGGAGAUAAUAAUAGUGGUCUUCAACAACAACAAGGCCGGGGAUUUGAUCUUGGCUUAGAAGAAAGGCAACAACAACAACAACACCAAUGGAAGCCAGUUUUUGAUGAUGCUUCCAUGGAUAAUAAUAAUAGGCCUUUCAAAAAGGUCAAAAGCCCUGAAAGAUUACACCCUUUUCUUCAACAAUUGGCUUCUUUAGAUCGUCAACAACAAACUCCUUCUGUUGGUAAUACCAAUCCAUUAGCUUCUUCUUCUUCUUCAACUUCUUCAUCAUCAAGGCAUGUUUUUCCAUUUGCCUUUGAUGGAUCCCAACAGUCUAUGGAAAGUUUGUGGCAAUUAAGAUCACAUUCACAAACAUACGACAAUCAAAACCAACAGGUACAUAACCUCGGAGGAUCGACCUCAGUUCAUCCUCCUCUGCUUCGUCCACUUCAGCAGAAUGAACAACAGCAACAGAUGAUCUCUUUUGCUCCUCAAUGGUACCAAAACCCGAAUCAUCAGCAAGGUUUUGCAUUCCCGUCUUAUUUUGCAGGGGAUGCAGCAACAUCAUCCCCUUAUCAACAGCAGCAGCUUCUUCGGUAUUGGAGUGAUGCAUUGAAUUUAAGUCCAAGAGGAAGGAUGAUGAUGAUGAGCAGGUUGGGUCAAGGUCAGGAUACAAGGACACUAUUCCGGCCUCAGAUUCAGCCAAUUAAUACAACCAAGCUUUACAGGGGAGUUAGGCAGAGGCAUUGGGGGAAAUGGGUUGCUGAAAUUCGCCUUCCUCGAAACCGGACUCGCUUAUGGCUAGGCACAUUUGAUACAGCAGAAGAUGCUGCCAUGGCUUAUGAUCGCGAGGCGUUUAAGUUGAGAGGAGAGAAUGCAAGGCUCAAUUUCCCUGAACUCUUCCUUAACAAGGAUAAUGAUAAAAAAGAGGCACAACCCGGCGAAAGUUCGAUUUCCUCCGGCAUGGAUAAUAAGUCAGAAGAACCGGAUGAUCAAGCUCAACAAGGCCUUCAGGCUUCUAUCCCAGAACUCUCACCAGAAAUGCAUCAUCCACUGGCUGAUGAUAAUCAUCCUGGUGAGGAUUCUGGACUCGGGUCGAGCGAAGUGACGGUGGCUACUGAUGAAAUUCCACCAGCCCAGAUGGAGAAUUGCUGUGUUCAACAAUCAUCUGAAUUGGUUUGGGGUGAAAUGACUGAAGCUUGGUUCAACUCAAUACCAGCAGGUUGGGGUCCAGGUAGUCCUGUUUGGGAUGAUUUGGAUACCUCCAAUAAUCUCAUGUUACCACCUAAUCUUUCUUUUGGUAGUAGUUCUAGUACUAAUCUUCAUCAUCAUCUUCAUUCACAAAAUUAUCAUGAUUCUGAUCAUCCUCCCGCACACCUUGAUAGUGCAGCAUCCUCUUCCUCAAAUUCAUUUCCUCUGAAACCUUUCUUUUGGAAGGAUCAAGAUUGAAACUUUGAUUUUAGGUCCAUAUAGAUCAGUAGCAGUUGAGCACUACAUUUGGUUUCACUUUUCUCCUCUCUUAAAACUCCUUGCAAGGGGAUAGCAAUUUUAGGCAAAUCCCUCUUCUUUUUUCCUUUCUUGGUUUUCCAUUUUGAACACAUUUUAAACUCAUUUAUGCCCUAAUAUUUCUUCAUUUUGACUUCCAUUUCUUCCUGUCUUCUUCUUUUCCACCACAAAUCCACAGGUUACUGACCUUUUUGCAGAACAAUCUGUGGUACUCUUUUUAACAUUUUGAGCCAUUCUGGCUACACUUUCCUCAUCUCACUAGUCCUCUUUCACCAGCCAUUAGCGCAGAAUUGGCUGCAUAUUUUAGGCCUGUAAUUCUGCAAUGGCAAAACCAUGAGUGCUUUGCUUUCUGUUCUGUAUAGGCCAGUUAGUAGUAAUUUAGUGGUAUGAUUUUGCUCAUGCUUUCGGUAUCUAGUUUAUUCAGCGUUAUCAAAAAUGGGGGGAGACUUUUUAAAUUCCCUCCUUUGAUUGUAUCUAUAUAUUCCAUGCCUCGCCAGAUUUUGAUGAGUGAGGAUGGAAAGUUUAUUAUGUACAAGUUUUUUCUUUUUUUUUAAUGUAAAUUGACUUUAGUUGUGUGCUAUGGCUUUAAUCAUACUCCAUCUGUCUCAUAAUUAUGGUCCAGUUUGAGUUUUCAUUUCUAGUUCAAAUUGUACUAAAAGUGAAAUCUCAAACUGGACAAUAAUUAUGGGACAGAGGGAGUAUUUUAUUUGCAGUUUAUGUUCUUCUCCUUUAAUCUCACUAUUUUAUUUUUAUUUUCCCUUUCUGAUGGCUUUCAUCUACCCAAACAACCUCUUUAAGUUAAUCUCGGAGUAAUGGCAUUGGCAAAAUGGAAGCUGCAAUUAGCUUGCCGCUUUGGUCAAGAUUAUCCUUAAAAUACAUAUAAAAAUUUGGUCAUGCAAAAUAAUAAUAACUCAACAAAGAAAACAUCUGCCAUAGUUGCAAAAGAAUAAUACUUCUUCCGUCUCACAAACUUAAUCUUACCGCUCUUAGGAUUCUUUUGUAUUUUUUUAGCUCAUUAGUUCAAUAAAAACUCUAUUUAUUUGAAGUAGUUAAUGUGCCUAUCUUUUUAUUUUCUUUUUUCGAAACGCAAUAAAUAAAUGACAAACUUGACCUAGAUUCACCAAAUUAAUUCAACUGUUAUGACCUUGAUUUCUACUAAAUAAUAAUGUCUAUACCAUGUACAAUCAUGCAGGCGUAGUAAACACUAGCAGGGCUUGUUGCUCAAGACUCAAGAGUCAAGUAAUCACUAUAGGGCAAACGCCUAAGGGUUGUAUUGUAGUUUGAAAUCAUUAUCCUAUGGUAGUUUUAUCUAAUCUUCCUUACAAAAUGAUACACAGU